GUGGCUACCAUUAUAAUAUGCCAGAUCUCUCAUCUCCGACCGCAAAACAACAUGUUAUUUCAGGUACACUUCGGGCUCUUCUUGCUCAGCCUUGGGAUACCUCCUCGUGCAAUCGAAAUAUUCUCGCAGCUUGGUCUCUGUCCUUCAGUAGCAACGCUUCGGGAUACCUGCGAGAAUCUGGCUGAGGAGCGAAUAGAAAUUGCACGGGCAAUCGUGCUUUCUGGGGCCUUUGGUAUUAACUGGGAUAAUUUGCAGGUG